CUUCUUCUUCUCCUCCUCCUCUGUUUCUUCUGCUCCCAAUCCAUUUGGCCGCAGAGGAUGACGACGAUCGGAUCUCGAAGCUGCACCCUUUGCUUCUUCUUCUUCUUCUUCUUCGUCGUCGUCUUCUUCAACGCUUUCGUUCUGACAGCGUCGGAGGUCUUCACGGUUGGAGAUGAGAGUAGGUGGAAUAUGCAGGUCAACUAUGGCUCUUGGACAGAUAGCCACAACUUCACCGUCGGCGACAUUCUUGAGUUCAAGUACUCGAGAUCGGAGCACAAUGUGUACGAGGUGACAAAGGAAGUGUAUCAGUCGUGCAAUGCGACUGCGAGCGAUGGAGUGCUAGCCAAGUACCAAACUGGGGACGACCAGAUAGAGCUGAAGGAAGCCAGGAAAUACUGGUUCAUUUGCGAAAUUGAUGGCCAUUGCUUUGGAGGAAUGAGACUGGCAAUUCAAGUGGCACAACAACAACAACAGCCAGCUGCAGGCACCGGCGAUUCAUCCACCGGCGGCAGCAGCAGCAGCAGCGCUAGCUUUGGUGCUUCCAACAUGAUUAAAUACUCCUUGGGGAGAUAUUGUAGCUUGUUCAUCUACAUGAUACUUGUCCUUGCAUGCAUUUGGAAGUGAUGCUUGAUUACUUCUGGAAAAAUGCUGAUUUCUCCAUGUUGAGAAUGUUUUGAUUGGAUGGGGCAUAAUAAUUUUUCUGAGAUGGG